AUGGCGCUCCUACAGAUGAAGGCGCCUGUUGACUACCAGGUACAACUAAAGGCUUUCGAAAACUUCCUGUCCGACUUCAAGACCUCGGCGCAGGACACAAUCACUCAUGCCUUGGGGAGCAUCAACAUUGACGAGGACGACCUGAGCGACGAGUAUGAUUUCAUGGACGAGGAUGACAAUGCGCAGCGGCAGCAGCAGCGGCGCCGCCAACGGCCCGAGAAGCAGGCGCCGCGACACAAGUACCGCGACAUGCUGCAGCAACUCGCCGACCGGAAGAUCAGCGAGGUGGUCGUCGACUUGGACGACCUUUCGGCAUACGAGCAGGAGCUCAACGAGGGGCUGAAGCUGGUCGAAUGGGUCGAGCAAAACACGAAGCACUACGUCGAGAUCAUCUCCCGCGCCGUCGACAAGCUGAUGCCGCAGCCCAGCGAGGACCUCACGUUCAAGGACGACGUCCUCGACGUGCUGAUGUCGAACCGGUCGCAACGCAACCAGAUGCUGGAAGGCAUCGCCGACCGAGAAUCCGACCCAGCCAUCCUCAACGACCAGUACCCCUCGCAGCUCACCCGCCGAUACACGCUCGUCUUCAAGCCGAGGACGUCCACGCCCGAGAACCCCGUCAAGGCCCUGUCAGUCCGUCAAGUACGCGGCGACCACCUGGGCCACCUCAUCACCAUCCGCGGCAUUGCGACUAGGGUAUCCGACGUCAAGCCCAUCGUGCAGGUCAGCGCAUACACCUGCGACCGCUGCGGCUGCGAGAUCUUCCAGCCCGUGACCGACAAGCAGUAUGGCCCGCUCACCAUGUGCCCGUCCAAAGACUGCGAGGAGAACCAGGCCAAGGGACAGCUGUACCCGUCGUCGCGAGCCUCCAAGUUUUUACCGUUCCAGGAAGUCAAGAUCCAGGAGCUGGCGGAGCAGGUCCCCAUCGGUCAGAUCCCCCGAACCCUGACCAUCCUGUGCUACGGCAGCCUGGUCCGACAGGUCAACCCUGGCGAUGUGGUCGACGUGGCCGGCAUCUUCCUCCCAACCCCGUACACCGGCUUCCAGGCCAUGCGCGCGGGCCUGCUGACCGACACCUACGUCGAGGCGCACCACGUUGUACAGCACAAGAAGGCGUACGAGGACAUGGAGAUCGACCCGCUGCUAGCGCGGCGGAUCGCCAAGUUCACACAGUCGGGCAACCAGUACGAGUACCUGGCCAAAUCCAUCGCGCCCGAAAUCUUCGGCCACCUCGACGUCAAGAAGGCCCUCCUUCUCCUCCUCGUCGGCGGCGUCACCAAGGAAGUCGGCGACGGCAUGCGCAUCCGCGGCGACAUCAACAUCUGCCUGAUGGGCGACCCCGGUGUGGCCAAAUCCCAGCUGCUCAAGUACAUCUCCAAGGUCGCCCCGCGCGGCGUGUACACCUCGGGCCGCGGCAGCAGCGGCGUCGGUCUCACGGCCGCCGUGAUGCGGGACCCCGUAACCGACGAAAUGGUCCUCGAAGGCGGCGCGCUCGUCCUCGCCGACAACGGCAUCUGCUGCAUCGAUGAAUUCGACAAAAUGGACGACAAUGACCGCACGGCCAUCCACGAAGUCAUGGAACAACAAACCAUCUCCAUCUCCAAAGCGGGCAUCAGCACCAGCCUCAACGCCCGCACCUCCAUCCUCGCCGCCGCCAACCCCCUCUACGGCCGCUACAACACCCGUCUCUCCGCCGUCGAAAACAUCAACCUCCCCGCCGCCCUCCUCUCCCGCUUCGACAUCAUGUUCCUCCUCCUCGACACCCCCACCCGCGACUCCGACGCCCAGCUCGCCAAACACGUCGCCCACGUCCACAUGCACAGCCGCCACCCGGACCUGGGCACCGCCGACGGCGUGGUGUUUUCCCCGCAGGAAGUCCGCGCCUACGUCGCGCAGGCGCGCACCUUCCGCCCUGUCGUGCCACAGGCUGUGUCGGAGUACAUGGUCAAGACAUAUGUCCGCCUCCGCGGUAACCAGCGACGCGCCGAAAAACGUGGGCAGACGGCCAACAACUUCGGCCAUACCACGCCCCGUACCUUGCUCGGCGUGGUCCGUCUCGCGCAGGCGCUGGCGCGUUUGCGGUUCAGCGAUACCGUCACGCAGGAAGAUGUGGAUGAGGCGCUGCGGCUGGUGGAGGCGUCCAAGGAGAGUCUGGCGGCGGAUGAUCGGUCCGCGAGUAACCGUCGGGGAUUGAAUGCGAGCAGCAAGAUUUAUAACCUUGUUAAGGGUCUGGCGGAUAGUGGUGCGUGUCGGGCGGAGGAUGCGGCGGAUGAGGAGGAUGAGGAGGAGGAAGGGUACGGGGUGGAGAUGAGCUUGCGAAAGGUCAAGGAGAGGGUUAUUGCGAAGGGGUUUACGGAGAAUCAGUGGCUGGCGGCUUUGGAGGAGUAUACCGAGUUGGAUGUUUGGCAAACAGCUGGCAAUGGCACGCGGCUAGUGUUUAUUACUUCAGGCAACGGCAACAGGGAGGGCAGCCAGGAGCUGUAG